GUCCUCUCCCCCCUCCCUUCCCCGAAAGAAUCCUGGGCUCCAACUGCCAGUUCUCCUCCUGAGCUGACCGUCCAUUGUGCCCCUAUUCAUAUGUUGGGUUUUCUGGCUAUCUAAAGGAACAAAAAGAUGAUGAUUGUUUUAUUUUCUGUACCUGUGUAGAAAGCUAAUGUCUGAAGGUGACUUUCCAAGCUUCUUCCUCAAUUAAUGCUGGUUACAGGACUUACAAAAUAUAAACCCAGCUUUCUUCAACUUCCUCUGUACCUCCUUAGUGUGGGAAAGAAAGCAGCUAAGCAAACAGAGUUCUUGGAUUAACCUCAAUAUGUUAUCAGAGAAAGCUUUUUUUAGACCUACUAGCAUGCGUCAGGAAGAUUGCUGGUUUUAUUUGUAGUAACCAGACUACUAUCGAAUUGAUUGAUUGGUGUGGUGCAGACAAUGUUGGGGUGGGGUUAAAGACUGACUCCAAAGACUGGGUUUAAAUCCUUUUCAGUUCUGCAGCACCCAGAAUGACUACAUUCAUCAUGAACUUCCAGUUUAAAUUGCCUCACCAAGUUAUGAGGAUGUAUGUUAUUCAAUCUAAGGCAUUUGGAGAAAGUUCACAUGGGAAAAGAUAGACAAAGAGACAGAGAGUAAGUUUUAUCCUUUGAAACUUCUGCUUAUCCGGAUUCCACCAGAUGUGAAACAUCAUUUAAAGGAAAAAAAUGAUUCUCUAAUUCUGGAAAUUCCUGGUUUAUUUUAAUUAACCAAGCAUUUGGAUUUUGUCAUUUAUUGCUGUAUCCUUUUCAUGAAAAUAUAGGGCUGCGAAGAAGAUUUACUUACUGGCCUCGAGCAAGCAAAGAGCAUCCAAAGAAUUAUUGUAUGGUCUAUGAUAGCCUUCUUCCUUCUUUUUAGAGAAUUGAUCAAAGGAGGAAAAUCCCAAAUGUAAAUUUUUACACAACUGAGUAAAUGACAAGUUUUGUGAAGAGACAAAGCUGAAAGAGUUGCACUAGCCUUUUUUUUUUAAUGCUUGUGUGCUGAAUGGUUAGUAUUAAUCUAUCGUGGAUUGUACUGUUUUCUCUUUUUUAAAAAUAAAGUGCAGAAUAGCCCAUGGCAGAUUUUUUAGGACAGGAAAUAAAAUGCAACAGGAAAAAUACUGGAAGAGAAUAGAAUGACCGUAAAUAAGUUCUGCAGAGACUGUUAUCGGGGCUUUUGUAUCUGAAUUUGAAGUGAUGACAGCAGAUAAGGGUGCUGGCUUUUGAACCUCAUUGGUGUUCAUUCAGGAGUUCUGAAGUCAGUCAUUGAGAGAGGCUACCUAUUUUCUAAACUUGUGUAUCCAAAGCAGAGCUAGGAAAUCAGAAGAAGAAAAAAAGAAGGAUGAUGAUAGUGCCUUUUAGGUAGUACAGCCUCAUAGAUUUUCUUCCUUUUCCCUCUGAGCUCUUCUGUAAUCUUUGUAUUUGUAGUUAGGAGUAAGCUCCUGUUCCUCAUGACCUUUCUUCACCUUGAGGAAGCAAAAAAAAAGGAAAAGGUAAACUGAAGUAAACUUUCUUCUUUGCCUUAGAACAGUAAGAAAGAUUCAGUGUCACACAGGGUGAGCUUGAUGGCGCUGUGACUAUUUCGGCCAUGCAAGCUUAUCUUUUCAAUUACUGUCUUUGUAAGUGGAGGAGAAAGGACAUAAGUGACUGAAGUAUUUUAAGCAAUUCCAGCACAACCUACCACUGUUUAUGCUGGUAACUCUUCAGUGUCCCAGCUUCAGCCAGCCUUUCUGGUUUUCAGCCAGGUCGUGAUAGCUGGAAACUGACUCAAAGCACAGUGAAAAACCAAGCUCAGCUAAUCUGAAUGCAUUUUGGAAACUAACCUUGUUCUCCUGCGGAAGAAAAAAAAGGACAUCAGAUUUCGAAACACGUGGUGGGGCAACUGGAAUCUAAAGGUGCUUUGAAACUCCGACUGAAGAUUGAAGACGACUCCAACUUCUGGAUUUCCUUUUGUCCUCUGCUUCUUUAGUAUGGCUUAAUGGCAUUCAGUAAUGGUGGUCACUGAGCUGAAAUUGAAGCUGUGCUUCCGGGGGAAGAAACUCAGAGGUUUUACCUGUAAGUUUUUCAGAUCACCCAGUGGAUUCCUUCCAGAAACAUGCUUCUCCAUUGCAUCACAGAUCUUCGGGCCAUAUAUACUGGCAGGUUUAGGCCUGGUAGCUGCUGGUUUGGUGAUGGAUAUUCUUCAACACUGGAAAGUAUUCAUUAAAAUCAGAGAAAUGUUUAUUCUGAUUCCAGCCCUGAUUGGUUUGAAAGGCAACCUUGAAAUGACCUUGGCAUCUAGACUUUCUACAGCUGCUAAUACCGGCCGGAUGGAUAAUACACAGGAAAAAUGGAAAAUGGCUAUUUGCAAUAUGGCCUUGAUUCAGGUACAGGCCACUGUGAUAGGCCUUCUGGCAGCUGUAGCAGCAAUCCUUCUAGGCGCACUCUCUAAUGGAUAUUUGGAGCUGAACCAUGCGGUUGUGUUGUGUGCCAGCAGCCUGACAACAGCAUUUGUAGCUGCCUUUUUCCUUGGAUUGUUGAUGAUUGGUGUGAUCAUUGGAGCAAGAAAGAUUGGGAUAAAUCCGGAUAAUGUUGCUACUCCGAUAGCUGCAAGUCUUGGAGAUUUGAUUACUCUUAGUCUGCUGGCUGGAAUUAGCAGUGUUCUCUUCAGAUAUAUAGAUGUAACAUACCUGUCCCCUGUGGUCUGUACUAUUUUCAUUGUUUUGAUUCCUUUGUGGAUUGCUAUUGCUCGGCAGAGUCCUCCCAUUGCCGAAGUCUUGAAGAGUGGAUGGCAGCCAAUUAUAAUUGCAAUGAUCAUCAGCAGCUUUGGUGGAGUAAUUUUGGACAAAACUGUAGCAAAACCAAAUUUUGAAGGCAUUGCUGUUUUCGUUCCAGUGAUCAAUGGUGUUGGUGGCAAUUUGGUGGCCAUCCAGGCCAGUCGCAUCUCCACAUUUCUCCAUUUCUGGAGCAUGCCUGGAGUCCUGCCACAGAAAAUGAGGCAGCAUUGGCCUAAUCCAUGUACCACCUUCUUCGCUUCAGGUAUCAAUUCUAAAUCAGCUCGAGUCCUGAUCAUGCUAGUGAUCCCAGGACACCUGGUGUUCCUCUAUGCUAUACAUCUCUUUGAGGGGGGCCACACAGCAAUCACUUUAACUUUUGUGGCAUUUUAUCUGACAGCUGCUCUUUUGCAGGUGGGAAUUCUGCUCUACAUGGCUGACAUCAUUGUGCGACUAACAUGGAGAAAGGGUCUGGAUCCUGACAAUUAUUCCAUCCCCUACCUCACUGCCCUGGGAGAUCUCCUGGGCACUGGCUUUCUGGCGGUUUGCUUCUACUUGCUUUGGUUGCUCAGUGGGUUGGAGCAAAAACUAGGGAACUAAAGUUAUUUAAACCGUAGUGCCAACCUGCCCGCAAGUCUCUCAUAAUCUACAACAACAGGGUAAUGGAAAGAGGGCAUCCAGGUUCCUAAACUGGAAUAGGUUCUCUGUCUCUCCUCCCUUUGGAUCUCAACACUGCAUAGCUGAAAGUUGAAAAGAGCUACAAGUGACGUAGCAUAAUCAUGUAUCGCAGCUUUUGAAGUGUCAGCUAGGAAAGGAUUGGGAAGCACUCUGAACAGUUUUUCAACCAGUCAAGGAAUCUUACUACAAUGGCUUGGUUUGAACAGUCUAUUGAUGCUACCCAGGAAGCUAACCCCUGUUCUCGGUGGGGUGGAGCUUGUGUCCUUGAUGAGACUGCCACAUUGUCUCCACCGCCCUUCAACAAAGGCAUUUUGCUUUCUGUCUUCUAUAUGUUCCCACAGAGAAAGAGAUAAAAUUAUGUCCAGGACUGUUUUCACUGAAUCUCUAAACACAAAGAGAAACAAAGCAUUACCGUACAAUAGUUCAAAAUCUGCUCCAUGACACCUCAUGCAUUAUGGCAACCUGCUCAGCGAAAAUUACUUUGCAUUAAAAAAUUUUAGUCUGUCCACUAAUA